AUGGCAGGAGACCUACCUCUACAACUUUUGCAAGAAAUGCAGAGACAGAUGCAGGAAAUGAGGGCAGAGAUUGCGGCCAUGAGGGCCGAUCGGGUCAAUGAAGAGGGUGGACCAUCCAUCCAGUCGGUAAAUGUCGAAACGCUAAACUCGGAGAGUGACGAAGGGGAUAAUCAGCUAACUCAAGGGUUGGGGAUCAGAGGAGAUCAAAAUCCAGCGAUUGGUGUGAGAGGGGGAAGAGCAAACGGUAGGGGAAGAGGCCGAGGGGAGAGGGGUAGAGGUCGAGGUAGAGGACGAGGGAGACGUGGAGACCCGGACAAUUUUGAUGAAGUAAUUCAUAAUGAUGGAGAGAGGCAAAACGAAUUGGGAGAGAGGAAUCAUGUACUUAAUGAUCAAGCCGAGGGGUUUCACCCCUUUACACCCCAGGUUAUGAGGGCAAUUAUCCCAGGGAACAAGAUGAUACCCCCAUUGGACAAAUACGGAGGUUCGUCAGACCCAGUUAAGCACCUUCGUUCAUUUGUGGACGCCAUGGCUGUGUAUUCAACGGACGAGCUAGUGUGGUGUCGGGUCUUCGCUUUGUCGCUAAAAGAGGAAGCGUUAGAUUGGUUCCAUUCGUUGCCACCCGCAACAAUUGAUAGUUUUACAACGUUAAGGCAAAUGUUCAGUCAGCAGUAUGCCUCAAGCAAGACUCCACGAGUGACAUACACUGCACUGGUGAGGAUGAGACAGGGGAUGGAUGAGCCUUUCAAAAUGUUCAUGGAUCGGUUCAACCGAACCGCCAGCCAAGUAAGAAAUGCGGACCAAAGAUUGAUUGUGGGUGCAUUGACGGCAGCGUUAAGACCGAGACCAUUCUGUGACUAUAUGCAUGCUGAAGAGCCUCGGAGUAUGGAUGAGCUGCAGAACAGACUGGCGAGUUUUAUCCAGAUUGAAGAGGGGAGGGCUCAACAGCGGGGAAGAGAGGAGGGAGAGCCAUCGGUGCGGAUGAACAGGGAGAGAGGCGUCAGACAGACGUUCGGGAGAGCUUAUAGGAGGGUCGAUCACCGGAGGGGAGAUCAAACUCGAGCGCAGCAGUAUGCGCACCACACCCCAUUGAAUGCCCCUCGGGUUCGAGUAUUGGAAGAGGCUUUAAGGGCAGAUUUGAUGACUGUCACCCAAGCAUCAAGCCCGCCAGGCGCUGACGAAAGCAAAUACUGUCGGUAUCACCAGAACAGGGGGCACACAACAGAAGAUUGUGUCACACUAAAAGACAAGUUGGAGACUUUAGUUCAGGCGGGGCAUCUACAGAGGUUUGUCCAACGACACAGGGGGACCUCUUCGAGCAGGGCCGGACGACUCAAUACGAGGAACGACCCUCCUAAGAAAAACUAUCACCAAAGGCGUGAUCGGAGCAGAAGUAGGAGUCAGGACCGAAUGGUCAGAGGUGUCAUUAAUACAAUUUUGGGAGGUUUUGCAGGGGGUGGUUCGACCUUGGCUGCUAGAAAGAGGCAUUUGAGAAGCCUACAUAGCGUAAGCCGAACGGGAGAACCAAAAUGGUCUAUGCCCUCAAUUACUUUUUCUGAUCAAGACUUCCAUGCGCCUGACUUAGAGCAAGACGAUCUGAUGGUCAUAACGACCAUGAUUGCUCGGAUUCACAAGGGAAAGGGUGGAUACAAGGGGUAUGUGGAUCUGAGGACUAGUUUGGGCACAGACAAAAAGGCCAGAGAGAUUAAGGUCUGCUUUUUCUUGGUAGAAGUAGAGACCUCGUAUAAUGUCCUUUUGGGAAGACCAUGCUUAAACGUUUUUGGAGCUAUCGUCUCAACCCCUCACUUGACGUUGAAGUACCCGACAGAUGAUGGUGUAGUUCAUACCGUUCGAGCCGACCAAAAGAUGGCUCGGGAGUGUUAUGCAGGAGGCCUGAAGGUGAAACCAAGAGCAUCUGAGUUGUCGUGUAAUAAAUCAGAAGUAGCUAUGAUGGAGUUGGAUCCGAGGUCCCCCCUGGAGGAACGAGUGGAACCGAUGGGCGACGUGUGGCCGUUCGGCAAUUGA